AUGUCAGAAUUCUUAGGAUCUCGCAUAUCCCUCAUAUCCAAAAGUGACAUUCGCUAUGUCGGCGUACUCCACGAGAUCAACUCUGAAGAGUCUACAGUGUCUCUAGAGAAUGUCAAGUCUUUUGGCACAGAAGGUCGCAAGCGCGAUGCUGGGAAGCCAGCUGAAGAGAUUGCACCAUCCGAACAGGUUUACGAAUACAUCGUCUUCCGUGGCAGCGAUGUGAAGGAUCUGCGGAUUGAACAGGCGCCCGUGGCCAAGGAACAGGCACCACCCGCCGUACCCGAUGAUCCCGCCAUUGUUGGAGCGCGACCCCGCCCAGGAGCUGCGCCCGCUGGGCCCCCUGCUGGGCCUCCAGGCGGUCCUCAUGGCCACCAUCCGCCUCCGUUCCCCGGUGGACCUUACUAUGGAAAUUGGAAUGGUCAAGGAGGACCGGCCGGUCCCGGUGGCCCAGGAGGUCCGGGAGGUCCAGGAGGCCCUGGUUUCAACGGAUUCCCGUAUCCUCCCCCGCCGAAUUGGUUCCCACCACCUGGUCAGGCUUUCCCCCCUGGACCGGGCCCGUGGAACAACUAUGGAAUGCCGCCCCCAGGAACACAUCAUCCGCCCGGCCCUGGUGGUCCUGGACCGCGACAGCAGCAGCAGGGACCACACCAGCCGCAGCAGCAACAGGAGCAGAAGCCUGCCCCGAUUGGUGCGAGGGGUGACAAGGCUAGGACCGAGUCCCCUGCUGCACAGCAACCUCAGUCAAAACCUCCCGGUGGAUCAUCCGCUGCCAGCCAGCCAGCACCCACGCCGCCCGUUGACUCCAAGCCUUCUGUUGAGGAAGUGAAGGCAACGGCUGCCUCGCUGAACCAAUCUGGUUUGAGUGCUGGAGCAUCUAGUGCCAAUAAGCAAAUCCCCACCGGACCCAAAGGCACACGAAUCACACCAGCGGUUCCCCUGCCGGCCGCUCUCACCCAAAAGUCUGCUCAGCAAACGGUUGGCGUUGCGGGAGUUGUGUCAAACAACAAUCCUACAAAUGCAGCAAACACAGCAGCAGCUAUUAGGGACGCCACACAAGCGGCAAAGGCUGCCGUCGCUGUAGCUAUGGCUAAUAUGGAGCGUGGUGAUAACGCUGUCCCUCAAGCCGUAGCUCAGCAAGCCAAUGGCAACACUAUGGACAAUUUAACCAACAAAGUAAACGAAAUGAGGGUCAAUGCUUCAAGGGGAGGGGGCCGCGGAGGACGUAGCCGUGGCGGUUCCCGUCAAGCCAAGGUUGAAGUUCCCGACUCAGACUUUGACUUUGCUUCAGCCAAUGCCAAAUUCAACAAGGAUGAUCUUGUCAAAGAGGCCAUCGCUGGUGAUCCCCUCGGCGAGGCCCCAGCUGCACCCGCAGCCACGAAUGAAGAUCCUGCUGCUCCUCCGGCUUACAACAAAGCCUCGUCUUUCUUCGACAACAUCUCUAGUGAGGCAAAGGACCGUGCAGAAAGCGGCGGCCAAAAGCCUGGCGGACGCGAAUGGCGUAGUGAGGAGCAACGUAAAAACAUGGAGACCUUCGGCCAAGGCAGUGUCGACGGAGGCAAUCGGUACGGCGGCUACCGGGGUCGUGGCCGUGGCCGCGGCGGCGCUCGUGGGAGAGGUGGUAACGGAGGGCGUGGGCGUGGUUUUCGUCGAGGCGACAGCCAGGCUGCGGCUCAGUAG